AUUGUACCAAAACGGAGGAAGUGGAAAAACAAUAAUUACUUUACUUUAUUUAACUACAUAUUUGUGAAAAUAAUCGUUAUUAAUUAAAGCUGUGAAAUAAUUAAGUCUGAUAAAAUGCGCAGUCGGACGGAAAUGGUUACUACUACAUUUGUGGAUUCCGAAGAAGACUACAGUGAUGACGAUGAUUCCGAAGAAGAUUGGAGACCGUCAGCAUCCAGUAAGAAUGGUAAAAAACAAAAGCAACAGAAAUGCGGUGGUGGUGGUGGUGGUCCAGCAAAGAGGGGCCGUAAACGUAAAAGUUCUUCAGGGCCAGGUAAUAAAAACUCAAAACGUAAAGCAGCCUACGAAGAAAGCGAAGAAGAUGAGGUAGAUGAACUAAGUGAAGAUGACUAUGACUACGAUGAUUUCGAAACCAUUUCCGGUCCAUCAGGAAAAAAGUCUACAAACUUAUCGUCAAAAAAACAAUUUUCUGAUAAGAAUUCCUCCACUUUGGCUAAAGGUAAUGAUGAGACUGGAGAUACUCUAAAUUUAUUAGUAUACGUUAAGGACUUGACAGGAACAGAUCUAAAUAAAAAUAAUCGUUUAUGUUUAUGGCGUAAGGAUAACAAUAAUUUGCUUCAAAAAUAUAUACGUGUUAAGACGUCCCCAGAACAAUAUCUCUUUACAUCAAGCUCAGUGUACUCGAGUUUUGACGACAAACGCAUUACCGACUUCUACGAUGUCAAAGUCAAGUCCGUAGAUUCUACUAAUCGACGUGUUAAAAUAAUAAAUCCAUCCGAAUUGCAUAAAAUAUACCUUAAGGCACACAGAAAUAAAAACAAUAGUGACGAUGAUAUUUUAAGUGAUGAAAAAUCGGACGUAGAGGAGGCCAAACAAAUGUAUGUAAAAUCCAAGGAAAAUCUUAAGAAAACAUAUAAAACUGUGCCAACAAAUCAUGAAGAAGGCGAAGAUGAUGAUGAGGAAGAAGUUGAAGAAGAAAAUGAUGAGGAGGAAGAUGAUUGUGACUUAGAAGGAGAUGACGACGACGAUAUUGAAGAAGAUGACGAAUGUGAUGACGAUUAGUUCCAACAUGACUUGAAUAUGAACAAGUGAAAGAGUGAAAAUACCACAACUAUCGAUUAUAAGCAACGAAUAACUCUUUCAAAACUGUAGAAAAUAAAAUA